AUGGGUGCUCUUGACUAUCUCUCCUACUUUUGUACUGUCACCAGCUCAAGAAGCAAACGAAAACCAAUGCAGACAGUUGAGAUCAAAGUCAAAAUGGAUUGCGAUGGAUGUAAAAGAAGGGUCAAGAAUGCAGUUAAAUCCAUGAAAGGUGUGAAAACUGUGGAGGUUAUCCCAAAAGAAAGCCGGGUGACAGUUAGUGGCUAUGUGGAUCCAAACAAGGUCUUAAAAAGAGUAAAGAGCACUGGAAAGAGAGCUGAGUUCUGGCCUUAUAUCCCACACAAUCUUGUCUACUAUCCUUAUGUGUCUCAAGCCUAUGACAAGAGAGCACCUUCUGGCUAUGUUAGAAAUGUUGUGCAGGCUGUUCCUGCUCCAAAUGGAACCGAGGAGAAAAUCACAUAUCUCUUCAGCGAUGAUAACCCUAAUGCUUGCUCCAUUAUGUGA